GCCGGCACGGCAAGUCUGGGUUUCUGGGCGGGUGGGGUGUGCUAGCUCGGCGUCGGCAUUUUCUUCUUAUUGUGCGAGUAAUCGACGAAAUGUCGGUCAACAGCCAGACGUCGCUGGUGCUGUCGCUGCUGCUAGCGGUGGGCCUGUUCGCCGGCCUGCAGCUGCUGAAGCCACAGCUGUCCGCCUCGCCGUCGCUGACAGUGGCCGCCGGCGCAGCCAGCUCGCUGCUAUUUCUCCUCAUGCUGACGGCCGUAGGCAAUCUGGAAGCAGCCCUCUUCGGCAAGGGCUUCCAGACGAAGCUGCUGGAGGUGCUGCUCUGCCUGGCCAUCGCGUGCACGGCGGCAGGCAUGAUCCACAGGGUCUGCACCACAGUCUGUCUCAUCUCGUCCCUGGCCAUCCUGUACUACAUGAACCGGCUAUCCCAGGCCGCUUAUGCCGCGCCGGCCGUGGUGCAGGUGGCGCCAUCUAAGAAGCGGCGAUGAAACUGUACCUCGUCGGCCGUGGCGCAGGUGGCGUCAUGUAAAGGAUGGCGAUGGGACCGCGCCUCGGGCUUGGGAUGCACAAAGGGUUUGCUGCAGUUAACGCCG